CUUCAGAGUGAUGAUGGUAGAGCUUCAGUGAGGAUGUGAAACCUCACAUAUGAGUCUGUCAGUAUGUAAUCUUUCUACUUAAAUUGGAACACUUGUUUACAAAUAUACAUAGGUCCAAAAGUAGACUUCAAAAAAGAAUAUCUCCCCGCUAUAAAAAAUCAUGCUACUUUCUGUAUUUGGUUUUGUUUCAUGUAUAUGUCAUAUUAAUAACAGUGUUCAUUCUUAUGUUUCAAUAUUCUUCCUUUCUAAUUCAGUUUUUGUAUGCGUGGGCCAGAGGGACAAAAGGGAAGAGGCUUUACGGUUGGCGCAAUUAUCUGCAGAAAAACCUCAUUUUUCGCAUUGUCUGGAAUGGCUUCUUUUUACAGUAUUUGAUACAGAAAUAACCAGGCAAAACACAAACAAGCACCACGUUUCAGCCCCUAAAUAUGCUAACAACUCAUCUCUUCUGGAGAAGACCUGUGAUUUGAUCAGAAGUUUCCCAGAGUAUUUUGAUGUGGUUGUCAGUGUUGCAAGAAAAACCGAUGGUCGACAUUGGGCAGAUUUGUUUUCUGCUGCUGGAAGAUCAACAGAGUUGUUUGAGGAAUGCCUCCAGCGGAGAUGGUAUCGAACUGCUGCUUGUUAUAUACUUGUAAUUGCUAAACUUGAAGGUCCCGCCGUCAGUCAGUACUGUGCUUUACGUUUAUUACAGGCAACGCUUGAUGAAUCAUUAUAUGAGCUUGCUGGGGAGCUGGUGAGGUUCUUGUUGAGAUCUGGAAGGGAGUAUGAACAGGCAUCCACAGAUUCAGACAGAUCAUCUCCUAGAUUCUUGGGCUAUUUUCUAUCCCGUACAAGUUACCGGAAGCAGUCCUUGGAUAAAAGCAACUCAUUGAAAGAGCAAAGUGCUCAUGUUGCUCCUGUUAAGAAUAUCUUAGAAAACCAUGCUAGUUAUUUAAUGUCAGGGAAAGAACUUUCCAAGCUUGUUGCAUUUGUAAAAGGCACCCAGUUUGAUUUGGUGGAGUAUCUUCAAAGAGAAAGAUAUGGAUGUGCUCGCUUGGAGAACUUUGCUUCAGGGCUUGAACUGAUUGGGCAAAAGCUUCAAAUGGGGAUGUUACAAAGCCGGUUGGAUGCAGAAUUCCUCUUGGCUCAUAUGUGCUCCGUCAAGUUCAAAGAGUGGAUUGUUGUAUUGGCUACCCUUCUACGAAGGUCUGAGGUUCUUUUGGAUCUUUUCCAGCAUGAUAUGCGGUUAUGGAAGGCAUAUAGCAUUACCCUGCAGUCGCAUCUGGCAUUUUCUGAAUACCACGAUCUGCUUGAAGACUUGGAAGAGAAACUUUCAUCAGUUGCAAAUUUGGAAGAGAAAUGAAGGCACAUUUGGAUUUGGAAUCCAGAAUGCUGACUAUGCAUUGUUGCUAAUUGAAGUAAUUCGUUGUGAAGAUUGGUCGCCUACCGUGUAAAUGGCCUAGCAUCCGUGGAAUGGAGUGGACAGUGAGAACCAGGAAACUGAAUCGUGGUGGCCGUUUGAUAAAUGAUUGAUUCAAUAGAAAAGAUAGGAUUGCUGGUGUCAAUGGAAUUACAGAAUUGUUCUUUCUUGUAAUUAAGGAGGAACCAAACUUGAAUGGGGUAGACCGAUGCACAGUUCUUAAUAUUUUUCAUUGUUUAUUCAUAAUCUAACAUGUUUUAUAAUCUAUAUAUUUAGAGGAGCCGUUGAUGGUUCAAAGAGUUUUUCU